AUGGAAGACAACAGUCUUCUAGACAUGGUGAUUACUACUGUCGGUGUUAUUAUAACUAUGGCUCUGCUGAGUUGUCUUUGCUGUUUGUGCAUGAAGUUAAGUGAUCUGAAGAUGCAACGGUACAUUCUAGAAAUGGCAAAUAAAAAUGGUGUGAAAAUUGACUUAGACAAAUUGGACUCAAAGAAACCACAACCUCAAGAGGUAAAUGAAACAUGUACUAUAAUGAUACCGGAUGUGGCCAUAAUACUUUAG